CCUAUGUUGAACAUUAGAAACGCCGUGGAACUAAUUUACCAACAUCAGUGAGUCAGCGCGCGGAUUAAUUGUAUCGUUGUUGGACAUCGGAUAUUAUUCCUGCUGGAACCAGUCGAAAACCUAGACCCCAACUAUUGUGAGCGGGGGCUGAAAAAGCCCACGUCCUUUCUGGAGAUGAAAAGCGAGGACCAGAGUAGACAGACCAAGCAUAAUGUCCAGAAUAAGUUCAAGAGUCCAAAAGUCACCAGACGACUGAAAAGGUGUCUUUGGCUUUUCCCACCUCUUGACCUGGAAGAGGACGCAGCUCCGGUCCCUGUGUCUGACUCCACCAGAGAACCACCAGAGACCAGGAUGUCAAAGAAGAAGACGACUUUCCCCAGACCACCUGUCACACAGGAUGCAGAGAAGUUUCAUGAUGGCCCAACUGACACCAGUAGCCCCAAUACCAUCCCAAAGAGAAGGUGCCUUUUCCCAACCCUGAUGUCUGAGCCAGACCCAGACCCUCUCUCUGAGCCAGAGCCAAUCCCUCUCUCUGAGCCAGGCCCAGUACCUCUCUCUGAGCCAGCAGAGACCAGCGAGCCCCAGCAGAAGGCAGGAAUCUUCAACCCACCUGCCACAACGCGACUGAAGAGGACCAGAAAGUUGGAGCCAGCCCCAGGCCUCUCUGAGCCAGCCCCAGGCCUUCUCUCUGAGCCACCAGAGAGCAUGAAGUCAGCGGAAAUGGAGAUCCCAGGUCCACCUGCCACAAAGAGACUGAAGAGGACCAGGAAGUUGGAGCCAGCCCCUCUCUCUGAACCUCCAGACACCAGGAAGUCAAAGAAGAAGAAAAUAAUCCCUGGCCCACCUGCCACUCAGCAAGUGAAGAGAUCCAGAUGUCCUCCCAGCCCCUGGACCCCUAACCUAGUGGAGAUUAGACGUAGGCCACCUACAGCCACACCCCCUACCUGUGAGAUAGGUGUAACUACAUUUACCUUGAGAUCUAAGGUAGCGACAAGCCCUACCUUGAAGUCAGGUGUAGCCACAUCCCCAUCUAGUGGUGAAGCCUUUUCCACAUCCCCUGAGAGGAAGAAGAUGAGGAAGAAGAACAGGAAGAGGGCCAGGUGCAGUGGUGCGGCCGUUCCCACCCCCCCUGAGAGGAAGAUGAAGAAGAGGGCGAGGUGCUGCCCUGUCCCGCUGAACAACCCCUUGUCUGUCUGUCGGUCGCAGAGGGCCACCCAGGGCAGGAAGGCCUGUGUGUGGUGUAAACAGGAGAACGAGUGGAUGAAGACCAUCUGGCAGUGUGAGGCCUGUCAGGUGGCCCUCUGUCUCAUACCCGGCAGAAACUGCUUCAGGGCCUGGCACAAGACUCACAAGUGGAACGAUGAAGUCAUGUUCAGUCUGUUUUCUUAAAUGUUGUCAAAUAUGUGGGUCUGGAGCCUCAGCAUGAGAUGUUAGUGGUUUGUGGUCAAAAAAUCCCACUUUCAGUUCCUAGUUCAUAUGGUUUUAGUAGAAUUCAGGCAUACAUGCAUUAAAUAAGAAAUAUUUCCUUUCUGGGUGUUUUUGCAAAAAAAGGAAGUUGAAAGUUUGCUACAUUUUCUUCAAAGCCCUUUUCAUGUUGUUUAAGUUGACAUAUUAAAUACAUUGUUAAAAAGCAAA